AUGGCGUUUGCUACUCCCUCGCCCACCCUCUUCAUCGGCAACCUCGAGACCAAGACGAAAAAGCCAGAGCUCAGGCAGCAGCUGUACGCUCUCUUCACGCCUUUCGGCAGGGUUAUUGACGUGGUGGCGAAGAAGCACGAUGGCGGCCGCGGACAGGCAUUCGUCGUGUUUGAGGAGCAGGCAGCAGCGACCGCCGCGCUCCGUGGUCUGACCGGCGAGACCUUUUACAGCCGCAAAAUCACCAUUGCGUACUCGAAGACGGCCUCGAACGCUACCCUGGCGCGGAUAGACCCGACCCAGUCGCGCGAUGCCAAGGCUGUCGAGGCGGCCCGCUUGGUCGUGUCGCGUGCGCAGGGCGAGUACGAGCAGCUCGAGAAGGAGCGCGACGCGGCAGGCGGCAAGCGCGAGCUGGACGACGGCGAGGAGGCUGGACCCGCUACCAAGCGUGUCAAGCAGGAGGACGACGAGGACGAGAUGGAGAUUGAGAUGGAGGACGACGACGAUGGAGGAAGCGUGAACGUCAUCUGCUCAAACUUGCCGGCCGAAUGCAACGAAGACAUUAUGGGCGCCCUCUUCUCACAAUACCCCGGCUUCUCGCGCGCCACCCUCGUUCCCCCUACCUCUGUCCCAUCAUCCCACCCCAAGCCCAACGCCGGCGCAAACACCUUCCGGGCAGUGUUUGCGUCGCGCGCACAGGCCGAGGCUGCUAUUGCGCCGCUCAACGGCUACCUCAUGCAGCCAGGAUGGGAGAUGGGUGUUUCGAUCGAGUAA